UGUGUGUAAUUUUAAAAUCUCAUUAAAAACUGUCUCCAAAGGUGAGGAUUGACCUUACUGCUGCGGUUGCUAUGUGAGCAGCAGAAGGCUUGCUCAGGUGUAGAAGCAAUAAGCCGAGAGGUUUUUUUACUAAAUUUGCAAAUGGCAUUGUCUGGCAGAAACAGCUCCUGCUCGGGAGACAUUUCGUGUUUGCGCCCUGGCUGUGCGCUGGGUUUGAAGAUGUCGAUAGAUCUGGAGUUACCGAAAGUGCUGCUGGAGCGCUGGGAAGCUUGCCUUCAGCUGCCUGGCUGUGAACGCGUUGGACUUCUGCGUUAACAGAACACAGAGAGCUUUCUUUGAUACGCCACAGCGAAAUAGCUUUUAAUUAUUAACUCUGGAAUAGGUGUUCUUUUUCUCCUGAAGCAAUUAAGUGUCUACGAUAAGAGUACAGCUUUCACCUUUUGUAUGUCUUCACGGGCUGAAAGGAUGAAAAUAGGCAAUUGGAAAGUCACUGUCACUGUGCUAAGCUUCAUUCUAACUUCUGGAGUCCCGGUUGAUGCCUUUGGGUGUACGAGCCUUUGAGAGUGCCCACUGUCCCCCUCCAUGAUUUAGACAGCGGCGUGGAGCAUGCAUCAUUAGCGGGAUGGUCGGCCACCGAAGCUGCAAUGUCGUCCCUGACGACCUCCAGUGAAGGAGACAACUCCACUCCCAGGUUUGUUGUUGGUUCCAGGGAUGAUGAGACAGACUUUCUGGGAUCAAACAUGAAGACAGACGAAACUGAUUUCUUUGAAGAUGAUGAAGAGGAGGAGUCGCCACCUGAGCGGCAGAUUGUGGUUGGAAUCUGUGCCAUGACCAAAAAGUCCAAGUCAAAGCCCAUGACACAGAUUCUGGAGCGUCUGUGCAAGUUUGAGUAUAUCACAGUGGUGAUUAUGGGGGAAGAUGUUAUUCUGAACGAACCGGUGGAGAACUGGCCUUCGUGUGACUGCCUCAUAUCAUUCCAUUCCAAAGGAUUCCCCCUGGAUAAAGCGGUCGCUUAUGCCAAGCUGUGCAAGCCAUUUCUGAUUAAUGACCUUGACAUGCAGUAUUACAUCCAGGACAGGCGUGAAGUGUAUCGGAUCCUUCAAGAAGAGGGAAUUGACUUGCCCCGCUAUGCUGUGCUCAAUCGAGACCCUGACAGACCAGAAGAGUGCAACUUGGUGGAAGGAGAGGACCACGUGGAGGUAAAUGGAGCUGUUUUCCCAAAGCCAUUUGUAGAGAAGCCAGUCAGUGCUGAAGACCAUAAUGUGUAUAUUUACUACCCGACGUCAGCAGGUGGGGGCAGCCAGCGGCUCUUUCGGAAGAUUGGCAGCCGGAGCAGCGUGUACUCACCAGAGAGCAGUGUGAGGAAGACAGGCUCAUACAUUUAUGAGGAGUUCAUGCCUACAGAUGGCACUGAUGUAAAGGUGUACACUGUUGGGCCAGACUAUGCCCAUGCUGAGGCUCGCAAAUCCCCUGCUUUGGAUGGGAAGGUUGAACGGGACAGCGAAGGGAAAGAAAUCCGUUACCCAGUCAUGCUGACUGCCAUGGAGAAACUAGUUGCCCGGAAAGUCUGUGUAGCCUUUAAGCAAACGGUGUGUGGGUUUGACCUCCUGCGAGCCAACGGCCACUCUUUUGUUUGUGACGUGAACGGCUUCAGUUUUGUGAAGAACUCUAUGAAGUAUUAUGAUGACUGUGCCAAAAUCCUCGGAAAUAUCAUCAUGCGGGAAUUGGCUCCGCAGUUUCAUAUUCCCUGGUCCAUCCCAACAGAGGCAGAAGACAUUCCCAUUGUCCCCACAACUUCAGGCACCAUGAUGGAGCUUCGUUGUGUUAUUGCAGUCAUCCGGCAUGGAGAUCGCACCCCGAAGCAGAAGAUGAAGAUGGAAGUUAAGCAUCCCCGGUUCUUUGAGCUAUUUGAGAAAUACGAUGGCUACAAAACAGGGAAGUUGAAGCUGAAGAAACCAGAGCAGCUACAGGAAGUGCUGGACAUUGCACGGCAGCUUGUGGUGGACCUGGGAACCCAGAGUGACUGUGAGAUUGAGGAGAGGAAAUCCAAACUGGAACAGCUGAAGAGCGUCUUGGAGAUGUAUGGACAUUUUUCUGGCAUUAACCGUAAGGUUCAGUUGACCUAUCUGCCUCAUGGACAUCCAAAAGCUGCAAGUGAAGAUGAAGAAGGUCGCCGGGAGUCUUCCCCAUCCCUUCUGCUGGUGCUUAAGUGGGGUGGAGAGCUGACGCCAGCAGGAAGAGUGCAGGCAGAAGAGCUGGGGCGGGCCUUUCGCUGUAUGUACCCUGGUGGCCAAGGUGAUUACGCUGGUUUCCCUGGAUGUGGCUUGCUCAGGCUGCACAGCACCUACCGUCAUGAUCUCAAGAUCUAUGCCUCAGAUGAGGGACGAGUUCAGAUGACAGCAGCAGCUUUUGCAAAGGGUCUGUUGGCCCUGGAAGGAGAGCUGACCCCCAUCCUGGUGCAAAUGGUGAAAAGUGCCAAUAUGAAUGGCCUCCUGGACAGUGACAGUGAUUCCCUUAGCAGCUGUCAACACAGAGUGAAGGCACGACUGCAUGAAAUCAUGCAGAAGGAUGCUGAGUUCUGUGAAGAGGAUUAUGAAAAGCUAGCACCUACAGGCAGUGCUUCUCUGCUCAACUCCAUGACAUUUAUCCAGAACCCAGUAGAGGUUUGUAACCAGGUGUUCACUCUGAUUGAGAAUCUCACCUCCCAGAUACAAAAACGUCUUGAAGACCCCAAAUCUGCAGACCUGCAGCUGUACCACAGUGAGACUUUAGAACUGAUGCUGCAACGCUGGAGUAAGCUGGAGCGAGAUUUCCGCAUGAAGAAUGGGCGUUACGACAUCAGCAAGAUCCCUGAUAUCUAUGACUGCAUCAAGUAUGAUGUACAGCACAACUGCGCACUGAAACUGGAAGGCACAGCUGAACUCUUCAAACUUUCCAAAGCCCUGGCAGAUGUGAUCAUACCCCAGGAAUAUGGGAUUAAUAAGGAGGAGAAACUGGAGAUUGCUAUUGGCUUUUGUCUUCCUCUCAUUAAAAAGAUCCAGCUGGACCUACAGAGAACCCAUGAAGAUGAGUCUGUCAACAAACUACAUCCCUUGUACUCAAGAGGAGUUUUGUCACCAGGUCGCCAUGUUCGGACACGGCUCUACUUCACCAGUGAGAGCCAUGUGCACUCUCUGCUCAGUAUCUUCCGCUAUGGGGGGCUCCUGGAUGAAAACAAAGACCAGCAGUGGAAGAGAGCCAUGGACUAUUUGAGUGCUAUCUCAGAGCUGAACUACAUGACCCAGAUUGUUAUCAUGCUCUACGAGGACAACAACAAGGACCCUUCUUCAGAAGAGCGUUUCCAUGUGGAGCUGCAUUUCAGCCCUGGCGUGAAAGGCUGUGAGGAAGACAGAAACGUGCCCACGGGGUUUGGCUUUCGGCCCGCCUCUGCAGAGGCUGUUAGCGAGUUGUGUUCCCUGCCUCGCUCCGAGGGUUUGUCGAGGCAGCCUUUGAGCGCGCUGGCAUCCUGCCUCGCUCCGCAGAGCUGGGAGACCCAAGGCUGGAGCCGGUGGCGGGGCAGCGCUGGCCAAGGCCACGUGCCUGUAGGUGUCAAUGUUUCCUUGCUGCAGAAUGAGGACAAGAAGGCAGACCAAGGCAGCCUGGAGGACCUCUCCAAAGAGAAGGGCACGGAUGAGCCAGACCGCGCACAGCAAAGGUCCCCGCAGCCUUCCGAACCGGUCAGCAUUCAUCGGAGAUCGCCGCUCAUCAGGAACCGCAAGACAGGGUCCAUGGAGGUGCUCUCUGAAUCUUCUUCCAAAUCAGGAGGUUAUCGCCUCUUCAGCACUUAUUCCAGGCAGUCUUCUGAGAUGAAGCAAAGUGGCUUAGGGUCACAGUGCACCGGCCUGUUUAGCACCACUGUGCUGGGAGGCUCCUCCAGUGCCCCCAACCUCCAGGACUACGCACGCAGCCAUGGCAAAAAGUUUGCCAGCAGCCUGACAUACAAAGACGAGCUCUUGUCUAUGCCAGCCGUAAAACGAUUUUCUGUGUCGUUUGCAAAGCAUCCGACUAAUGGUUUUGAAGGCUGUUCCAUGGUUCCCACCAUUUAUCCCCUGGAGACCCUGCACAACUCCCUCUCUUUGCGACAGGUCAACGAGUUCCUGACGGCUGUGUGCAAGAGUUGCAGCGAAUCGCAUGUCCAGUCUACUGCAGCUCUGUUUGAUUCAAUGAUUGGCAGCCAGAUACCAGGAGACCCCUUUAUGUCCCAGCGGAUCUUGUCAUCAUCCUCUUUGCCGUUGCGCCAGCGUUCGGAUAAGCCCCCUUGGUACAGCAGUGGCCCCUCCAGCACUGUCUCCAGUGCAGGCCCGUCCUCCCCAACCUCCGUGGACAACUGUGCUCGUUUCAGCUUCACUGAGAAACUUUCCGUCAGUCCCCCGAAAGGCGACGAGCAGCCGAGCAGCCAGUCCCCCGAGCAAGAAGCGGGGCAGCCUCCAGGCGGAGGGCUGGGUGCAGAGGUGGGCACGGCCGGGCUGGCGGUGGCAGAGCCACGUGCCCCCGAGACCCUGACCUGGAGUAAGGGCCCAGAGCCGGGCAGGGUCCUGGAGCUGUGCAAGAAGGAGCUGGCGGAGAAGGACCCUAACCCAGAGGAGAAGAGCGUGGUGGAGCUGGAUGAAGAGGAAUCAGCUGGGGAAAUGUUAGAGCCAAGUAACACAGGGAACCCAGAGUGUGGCGCAGGGUCUGAUACGAGGCUGGCUGGGGAGGGGGUGGCACCGGGUGAGGGGCGCCCGGGGGGAAUGACUGGCCUGGAUCAGGCGGGGCUGUCCGAGGAGAUCUUGGCGCCCUGUGAAGAGGAGCUGCUGGGAGAGGGGUUGGACCCAGAGCACACGGGCAAGGAGCUGCUGGGGGAUGGUGCUCGGCCAGGCCAGCUUCUCUCUGGUCACCUGUGCCAGGUGCAGCCACCGCCUCCUGAGGAAGGCGUGGAGGAGCUGCAGCCGCUGUGUCGGGAGGAUCAGCAGAACUAGUGGCUCGCGGGCCAGCACACUGCACGUGCUUCUAGCCUGGAGGCAGCCCAGCUUCCUGCACAGCACCUCAUGCAGCUGGCUGUCCGCAGCACAGAACAAGCCAUGUCCCAAGGCCACAGGACUCUGGGGUGUGGGAGAGUCUGCUCGGCUCCUCCACAAGCCAGCUAUCCGCCACUCGGCAAGAGGCAGUGCCCCAUCUGCCUUGUUAAACGAACAAGAAAUGCAGCCUUGGUGCUGGUGUGGCGCCUCCAUGGAGCAGGGACAUGGGGCUGCGUUUGUUCCCAAGGGCUGUAUGGCUCGCCGGGACGGCAGUGGGAGGAUUGGUACAGCCAAGGCAUUUGGGGUGGUGAGUCCAAAGGGGACAGAUGCUCCCUUGAGAAAUUUUGGCCCGUGGCCUUCAGAGAAAGGCGUUCUGGGCCCAGACUAAUUGGAUCUGUCAUGACCACCAACCUCCUCUCUGUUCCUUCCUUCUUCCUCUCCCAGUUCCCACCACUGGCCACCAAAACCAGGUCCAGAGAGUCCAUGGCAGAAAGACUAGGAGGAGCAGAAAGCGUUCUGAGUGAGUGUGGGAAGGAGAGUAAUGGAGGGGAUCGGGUUCAAGACCGCUGCUUGCAAGAAAACGUCUCUUUGGCGUGGACUUGGACGUUUUCCCGCUGGGCUGGGGCAGGCAGGCAGGAGCCUGGGGGUCCAGCCUGAGAGGUGGGCAGGGAGGACACACACGGGUGUUUGUUUUUUUUCUAGUCCCCAAGGGUCAGGCAGGGUACAGCUCUGAAGUCUUGGUGACAGAAAUUAAAAGAAACUGCUAUUUGAACAAAUCAGGAUUAUUAGAAACCAGUAAGGAGAAAUCUUUAUUAUAUAUAAAAUGAAAAGUAUUUAAUGCAUAUUUAUGUAAAAGACUUGUGAGCACAAGCCUGAGGGCAAGAUUGAUACGGGUGGCCCUGCCGCACCGCGAGUGCAGGCCGGGGCUGUGCCUCCUGCGCCUCCUGUAUUUAUGGACAAGUCUGCGUGUUCGUCUGUAGCUAGGUUCUGUGUUUUUGUGAAGCUGUGCCCAAAGAUUUCCACGCUGUGUUGUGAUGAUGUGUGUUCACAGUAAAUCUAUGCUGUGGGU